AUGUUGGAGGCAGUCAGAUUAGUUGUCGAGCAGUGGUUCAACGACAGGCUUGCGGCCGCACAAGAGAGCGAUGAAAAUCUGACUCCGGAGGCAAAACAGAAGCUCAGUGCAGAACUUGUAAAAAGUCGUCGUUACACAGCCAAGAGGACCACCGAGAGAAAAUACAGGGUUCGUGCUAGUGGUCGCCAUUAUAUGGUUGACCUUCAAAAGCAGAGCUGUGAAUGCAACGAAUUCAACGAGGACCAGAUGCCGUGUUCUCAUGCGAUUGCAGCCAUUACUGAGGCGAACGAGUCAGUGGAGGAUUACGUGCACUCUUACUACUGGAACAGUUCACUAGUUGACACAUACUCUGGCGACGUUAACCACUUGCCUCCCAUAGAAAAUUGGAAUAUUCCUUUCCAAAUUGCAUCUCAGCUUGUUUUACCAAAUCUCUCUCGGCGACAAGCUGGUCGUCCAAAGGAAACUCGAGUUCGAUCCGCAGGUGAAAGGCCGACUCAAAACACAUCAACAGCGGAGGCAUCAACUAGUAGCAAGAAACGAGCACCCAAAACGUGUGGUCUCUGUGGCGGGUCUGGUCACACACGUCGAUCGUGCAAGGGUACGGCCACCGAUGCGUAG